GGUUCCUGGCUCCGAGGCUCUGGGUGCGGUUGGGACGCUCCUUCCCCCUGCGUUGGCUGUGGGUUUCCUGUGGGGGGGGGGCCUCUUCCCCCCCUCCUCGACUCCCGCUUUGGACUUGGUGGCCGAUGACGUUCUGUCUCGUGGAAGGCGAAGCCCGAGUUACUGCCACAGCCACGAAGCCCCGAGCAUUUAGCACUUUGGGGAAGAUGCUACUCGCCUUUUGGGAACUUGUGUUGGAGCAGCCAGGGGGUGGAAUAUUUGCUGGGGUGAAGCGGCCUGACGUGAUAUCAUGAGUCUUUUGACAUGCUGAGGUCGUGCAGGGGCUUUUACCUGCAUGUUUUAUGCAUUUCAAGCAUGGACUGUAUGCGCCCCGCCCUCCUAACACAGGGUGUGAAUCGAGGCCAGUGGGGGAGCAGAAAAAGCAGAGCCCCUCAGGCUACAGAAGAAGCCCGGCUUUUGAGGGCACUGUCUUCAGGAGCCGUGUCAGUUCCAAAAGCUCCAGUCCUUCUCUGAGAGGGAGACCAGGUGAUGGCAGCCAUGCUCCUGACAGCCUGGCCCCAGGAUUUCCCUUUCUCAAACCUACUGUGAUCUCACAACUGGAGGGAGGAGGUGAGCUGGAAGGCCAAUCUCCACUGGCCUCUGGAACAGGCACAGGCCCCCAGGGCCUCUGGACUGUAAAUAUUGAUAUCCAGACUGACAAUAAUUUGACAGAGGAAAUGUAUGAAGAAAAACAUAAUACAUCAUUUGAACUUCAAAGGAACUCUUCCCAGGAAACAGACUUUUCAGAAACUUAUAUUCUAGAGAAACAGCAGGAAGUCCACUCGGUAGGAAGUAUGGAGAAAGAAAACAGGAGUGUCAUUGAUGGGACAGUGAAAGGCAAUAUAAGCCCCAUGGAGGAGUGUUUCUUUAGGCAAAGUCCAAACUUGAAUCAGUGUCAUACCAUCUCCACUGGAGAGCAGGCCCCUGAGUGUACAGGAUUGGAGAAAGCCUUCAGCUUUGACACAAAACUUAUUCAACAUGAAAUAAUUAAUUCCGGGGAAAGACCUUUCAAAUGUGAAGAAUUAGUGGAAAGCUUUAGGUGUAACUCUCAACUUAAUCAGGAUCAAGAUAGCUACAGUGGGGAGAAGCCCCAUCAGCGUAAGGAGUGUGGCAAAGCCUUUAGCGUUAAUGCAAAAUUAAUUUGGCAUCAAAGACUUCACAGUGGGGAGAAGCCCUUCAAAUGUGUAGAGUGUGGAAAAAGCUUCAGUUACAGUUCCCAUUAUAUCACACAUCAGACUAUCCACAGUGGGGAGAAGCCCUAUCAGUGUAAGGUGUGUGGGAAAGCCUUCAGCGUUAAUGGGAGUCUGAGUAGGCAUCAGAGAAUCCAUACAGGAGAGAGGCCCUAUCAGUGCAAGGAGUGUGGGAAUGGCUUUAGCUGCAGUUCUGCGUAUAUCACACAUCAGAGAGUCCACACUGGAGAGAAACCUUAUGAGUGUAAUGACUGUGGGAAGGCUUUCAAUGUUAAUGCAAAAUUAAUUCAACAUCAGAGGAUCCACACUGGAGAGAAACCUUAUGAAUGUAAUGAGUGUGGGAAAAGCUUCAGGUGCAGCUCCCAGCUUAGGCAGCAUCAGAGCAUCCACACUGGAGAGAGACCCUAUCAGUGUAAGGAGUGUGGAAAAGCCUUUAGUAAUAAUGCAAAACUCAUUCAGCAUCGAAGAAUUCACACAGGGCAGAAACCCUAUGAGUGUACUGAAUGUGGAAAAGCCUUUGGCGUCAAAGGGAAGUUAAUCCAGCACCAGAGAAUCCACACGGGUGAGAAACCCUAUGAGUGUAAAGAAUGUGGGAAAGCCUUCAGGUGUAACUCCCAGCUUCGGCAGCAUCUGAGAAUCCACACCGGGGAGAAGCCCUAUGAGUGUAAUGAGUGUGGAAAGGCCUUCACCGUUAAUGCAAAACUAAUGCAGCACCAGAGGAUUCACACUGGGGAGAAGCCCUUUGAAUGUAAUGAGUGUGGGAAAUGCUUUACUUCUAAAAGAAACCUACUUGAUCAUCACCGAAUCCACACUGGAGAAAAGCCUUAUCAGUGUAAGGAAUGUGGGAAAGCCUUCAGCAUCAAUGCCAAACUAACUAGGCAUCAGAGAAUACACACUGGGGAGAAACCAUUCAAAUGUAUGGAAUGUGAGAAAGCAUUUAGCUGUAGUUCUGACUAUAUUGUACAUCAGAGAAUCCAUACUGGAGAGAAACCCUUUCAAUGUAAGGAGUGUGGAAAAGCCUUCCAUGUUAAUGCCCAUUUAAUUCGGCAUCAGAGAAGCCACACUGGGGAGAAACCCUUCAGAUGUGUGGAGUGUGGCAAAGGCUUCAGCUAUAGUUCUGACUGUAUUAUACAUCAGACUGUCCAUACUUGGAAGAAACCCUAUGUGUGUAAUGUGUGUGGGAAAGCCUUCAGGUUUAGCUUCCAACUUAGUCAGCAUCAGAGUGUCCAUAGUGAAGGAAAAUCCUAAUGAGAAGGAUGUAGAAAACUGUCAAGGUUAAUGCUGAACUAGAUCAAGUAUCCUCAGAUUCACCCUGGUGGAAAACCUUGAGAGAGAAAUGGAUAUAGCAGAGUCUUCACAAGGAAACAAAUCUUUUCCAUUUUAUUCAAUUUUAGAUCAAGAAUGACAACCAGUUUUAAAAUAACAUCCAAAAAUAAAUAGUUUGUUUUAUACCAACAGCCAAUAGAAAAUAUAAUGAAAGAAAAUAUCCCAUUCACAACAGCAUCAAGAAAAGUUGAUUUUCUAGAUAUAAACUUACUAGGACCUAUGUGGAGAAAUUAUAAAUCUCUGCUGAGGGGCACAAAAGCAAAGUUAAAUAAAUGGGUGGAGAGAGAAUGAUACCUUGUUCUUAGAUAGAAAAACUCAUAAAGAUACUACCUACCUAAAUUAAUUUAUUGCCCUUUUACUUUUGACAACAAGCAUGCAUCACUUUUGUAAAGAGGAAAAACA